UCGGGCUGGAAACCAGGGGAGGCAGCAACAAGUUCAGCGGAAGACCGAAGCCGGGUCAGGUCACAAGCCCCGGGACCUCGGCAGCAGCAAUGGCCUCCUGCCCAGAGUCGGAUAAUAGUUGGGUACUUGCUGGUACAGAGAGCCUGCCAGUGGAGACCUUGGGCCCAGAGUCCAGGUCGGACCCAGAGAGUGACAUGGCCCCCCAGAGCACCUCUGAGGCCGGUGGCGAAGAGUUAGCGGGGACCAUGGAGCCAGAAGGGAUCCACUUCAAAAGCGAGGGCUCCCAGCCUGGGCCCAUUCCUCCCGAGGAGGAGCUGGAGGCCAAGGGGGCCCUGGGGGGCGAUGGUGGUGAUGUCCAGCCCCAGAGCCCAGGAGACACAGUGGCCCAGAGCGACUUGCAGGAGACCUCCUUGGUGGCCGACUUGGAAAUGGACACACAGGGCGUGGAAGACCAGAGUCCCCCACAGACCCCACCCUCGUCCCCCAAAUCAGUUCGGCUCAUGGAGGAGCUACACUGCUCCAGCAGUGACGACGACACCGAUAUGGACAUCGAGGGCCUGCGGAGACGGCGGGGCCGGGACCCCAGCCCUGCUCAGCCCUCCACGCCCCCGGGAGCAGGGGAGCAGGCAGGCAGCGAGGGUGUGGUGGGGGAGCUGGGCAUCUCUCUCAACAUGUGCCUCCUCGGAGCCUUGGUCAUGCUUGGCCUGGGCAUCCUUCUCUUCUCCGGUGGCCUCUCAGACUCGGAGCCCGGUGAGUGUGGAGGGUCCUGGGUCUGAUUGCCCUCCGCCCCACGGAGGCAGUGAUGGGAGUGGGCUUCUCUGGGUCAGGAAUGAAGGGGUGCUGCUGGGAGCUGCACAG